AUGCAAAAUGACCGCCAUACGACACCCCUCUACAAUUCUUCUGCUGUGGGCUCCUUUGAGUAUGACGUAGCGCCAGAGGAUCAACAAACGGGAGAAGAGGAUUUUCAUGACGAGUCGCAGUCUGGCGUUUCGCAAACAGAUCAGCCGUCGCUCGAACAAAUUCAAAACUUAUACUACACUAAAGGUCUCGAGGAGCUCGAAUCUCUUCAACUUUUGGACUUAUCCCCACUUGCCACAUGGAAGCUCUCUUCAUGCAAGCAAGGCUAUGGGUUGGAUCAACUAAGAGAUGAUACCCCAUCUACAUAUUGGCAAUCGGAUGGAAGCACAGAAAAUACCAUCGAACAACAGGCAAAUGCAGAAAACGCACAGCUCAACCAUCCACACACAGUGACACUCCAAUUCUCCAAGAAAGUGAGCUUGGAACGCAUUUCGAUCUUCACCAAUUAUCAGCUAGACGAGUCUUACACGCCGCUGCGAAUAAAGAUCAUGGCGGGCAACUCUAAUUGGGAUUUGACUGAGGUCUGCGUAGUGACCUUUGACAAGCCGAUUGGAUGGUCGCACAUUAUCUUCAAAGGGGUGCGUGCCGACGGCUUGCUCAAAUGUUUUGUCGUUAAAAUCGUGGUUCUUGCAAACCACCAGGAUGGAAAAGAUUCUCAUAUUCGUGCAAUUCGUUGUUUCGGAAAGAAGGCAGGUACUUCAUUUAUCGAAGCUGUUGAAGAACUGGCGCUCAAGGAAUCCACUCUUGGGGGUUUUGUGAACAACAGCAUUAAUGGAAUGUCAGGUAUAUCCGGAAUUUCGGGCAUUCUGCUAAAUCAUGUCAACCAACUGCCGUCAGAUGAUCAGUUUGAUGAAGAGCAUGGCGAAAUUGAUCCUGUUACAACAAGGUUUUUGUCCAAUGUGACAGAAAAUAUUGGCUUCAACACAGGCUUUGAUAGUUUGGAGUUGAGGAGCAUUUCAUCCAUUCGAUAG